AUGUCAAAAAAAGGAAAUCUGAUUCAAGCUGUUGUUAAAAUUAUUAAAAAGUUAAAGGAAAACGUCAAACUUCAUCUAGGUUUUAUUGAUAGUUUAAAAGAGCUAAAUAAAGGAAUGAGAAAUAAAUUGAAUGGGGAAAUUGAAAACAAAGAGAAUCAAAUAAUUGAGAAGAAAGAUGAGCAAAUCAAAAAACUUCCAACGAAAAAUAAGCAACUGAAAAAGUUAACUCCUCAGGAAUUAUUAGAGGAGACUAACAAGUUAAAAGUUCAACUAACACAACUACAACAACAAAAUGGUCAAUUGGUUGCUCAAAUUCAA